CAGUGUCAGGACAAACAAAAAAAAACAGAAAGUACAGUGUCAGGACAAACAAAAAAAAAACAGAAAGUACAGUUGAAUAGAGGCUUUGCAUACAAACAAAUAUCUCGCUGAAACAACAGACAGAGCAUGGGAUACACUGACAUAAAUAAUAUGGAUAAAGGGAAAGGUAGGCUCAAAAACACCUUACUGUAUUGGAUAGCCCAGCAGAUCAGCCAUGCAGUACAUAGUCCAAGACCAUAUGUCUGCCCAUUAUAAGAAGGUAAUCUCUGCCAAAGCUUCGGUGGACAAUUCAGUGCCUAAAAGUUUGCUAACCAGCAUUAAAUACAGUGACCAGCAGCGAAGGGAAAAGAUGAAAAAGGAAGUAGACAGGUAUAAGAGGGGAGUUCUAGCUGCCAGAUCAUCAUCACGAGAGAGCUACAGAAGUAAUGACAGACAUUCUUCCACUGAAACUGUUAAGAAUAGCAUGCCAGUGCAACAUAAUGGUGUUGAGGAGUCUUAUCCACAUUCUGAAAGCAGACCAGCAUCAUCACCAAGAUUUGUAAUCUCUCCCCAUUCAAAGGCACGUCCGUCUGUGAAUGACAGCACCAGAGAAAAUGCUCAGAAGAUCUACUACCGCUCUUGUUCAGAUUUAACUUAUAGAAGCUCCACUUCUAAAAGGCAGCGUUCUGUUCACAGUUCAUGUGGCAGCAUUUUAAAAAAUCAGAAUACUGGCAGGUCAUUUCAGGAUCCAAAGCAGAAAACUUACAGUGGAGAUCUUUUAGAAAAGCAUUCUCAUAAUUUCAAAGAACACCAGCUCUUCACCCCAAGAACUUUGAAAAAGGACAACAAAUCAUUUUUGUCACAGUACAGGUACUAUACCCCUCCCAAAAGGAAACCAGAAAAAGAUAAAACAAGAGUAAACCAGCAGGCCAAGAUAAUGAUAAACCAGGAUACACAAACUGAUCAGGAAAGCUGUGAAGCAGGCAAUGUCUCACAAGAUAAAAAGCAUUUAACUGAAGCAGAGUGGCUUCUGCAACAGGCUGAUUAUACUGAACAUAUAUGGUCUGAUGAUGAAGCAGAUGCUGGAGAAAAUUCAGGAUAUGGUUUUCAUAGAAAAGAACUGAAGAGCAGCUUGGAAAAUACUGAUCACAUGUACACUUUCUCAAGGUUGACACCAGCUAGAAUGAAGUCUCCAACUAUGAGGAAAGUCCAAGCAGAAGAAGAAGAGUUGAGGUACCUUAAAUUUAUUGCAGACAUAACAAAUGAGAUCUUGACAAUGGGAUUGUAUUCUAACAGGGUUUUAGAGCAUGUAUUUCAGCGGCAUGUAGAACAGAAUAAACAUCGACUAGACAAGGAUAAAAUGUGCCACCUGCUGGAUGUGCUUAGAGAAGAUCUUGGAUAUAGUCCUGAUGAUAAAUAUUUAAGGCCGACUGAAAGCAAUACAUUAUUUGGGAUCAGGGAGGCAAGCCAUUUGCACUCUGAAAAUCUGAAGUUGAACGGAGAUGACACAAAGAAAAGCACAGAAAGUGCUUAUGUGUUAGGUGAAGAUUUGUGGAAUGGUAUAAUAUCUAAUCAUUCAUCUACUUCACUAUGUACAGAACAUAGCUAUCCUACUCCCUUUCCAGAAUACCAGCAACAACAAGUGGAGGGUUUGGAAGAAGAGCCACAGGUUGAGACUCACAAAAGGAUAAGUAGCGACUUCACGAUUGUGGAGCUUGCUGCCGACGGUGAAAAUGAAGUAGAUGGAGGAUCAAAGGAUGUGGAGGAUCUUGGAAAGAGUUUAGCAGAAUCCUUGCUUGUUUCUGAUCAAAAUGAGCCUUGUGAGAUUCUAUACUCAGAUUCAAAAUCAGAUUGUAACAUUAGUGAUGAAGAUUUGUGAUGCUGUCAGACUUUCUGUGACUGAAUUGCUUUUGAAAGCCAGCGAUACAUAAAAUAGAUUUUAAUGUCUGUUUUACUGUUCAGAUUUUUUUUAAAUGUUCUGACAAAUUAAUGCCAAUGAAAGAGAUUCAGUCACUUAGAGUAGUAUUAAUAUCCAGUCUGAAUUGUUUACCUACUGCUUUAAACUGUUACAUGUUUUAUUGGAAAUUACAUUUUGUUUUAUCAUGACGUAAAGCUUGAAACUAGUGUUUACAACUUUUAAAUAAUUAUUUUCUUGGAAUUAAUAAAGAUAAAUACAACUGUUAUAAUUUUAGUGUGGGAUAAUCUGUUGAAGUAUAGAUGGUGGAAGUGCAAAGUUUGCAUAUCUGAAUGUAGUUUAUGUAUGUUUAUCGAUCUUCCUUCAUUAGAAAAAUGUCUACUGUUUCCAAAUAUUAGUAUGCUUCAUAAAUGUAGUAUACAAUAGUACGAAUUCAAGAGGUAGCAACAUUUAACAGGGAGGAUAGUUUGAAAGAAGGAUUUAUUUUUAUUUAUUUUUCUUUUACAUGGCAGGACUGUAAAUAUGCUGGCCAAAACUUAGGGUAACUGAAUCACUUCUGGUGUCACUGUAUAACAUGUACUUUUUUAAUCUUUUAAGUAUGUAAUCCUGUUUGGGUAAUAGACACUGUCAAACCAAGAAAGGCUGAAUGCAGACUGAAUCAAGACUUUUUAAACUUUGAAAAUCAUAUUUAUAAAAAGGCUAUCCAUUUAAAAUGAUAUUGUAUUUCAAUUUGUUUCAAGUUUAUAUUUGACCCCUACCUAUCUUUAUGCAUCUUUUUUAAUUUAGUGGUUCGCUUAAUUUUUUUUUUCCCCAAAAGAGCAUUCAUUUUAUAUUUCUGAGGCUGCACUAUAUGUUGGCAACAGUAUUUCAAGUUAUACAAAGUAAUUUACAAAAUACAUGAUAACAGUUCAUACAAUUUUUUAAUACAAUGCUGUAUCUCAUGUUUGAUCUAUGCAAGAGUAAUAUGUGGUCAUGGUCAAAAGAAAAACUGUCCAAACGAAUGACAUUUAUCUGACAAAAGCAAUGAUUGAAAGGGUCGACACAAUCAUUUAAAUCAUUGCUUUUGUCACGUGUCAUCCUUUUGGACAGUUUUUCUUUUCAUUUUGUGAAACCUAACAGCACAGGUACCUUCUUUUUUUAAAGAAAACAAUUGAAC